AUGCUUUUGGAAUAUAGCAUAGCAUAUGUGAGCCAAAAAGUGAUUAAAAGAAGUGUCAUUGCUGAAUUCUUGGUAGAUAGGGCCGCUGAUGAUUAUGAGCCCAUGAAGCUUGAUUUUCCAUAUGAGGAACUAAUGGUCAUCUCAGAGUUAGAAGAGGAUGAUGAUGAAGAAGAGAUAUGGAUGAUGUAUUUCAAUGGAGCUGCUAAUGCCAUGGGGCAUAAGAUUGGAGUAGUUUUAAUAUCUCCAACAAAACAUUACUAUUCUGUUACAAUAAGAUUGAAUUUCAACUACACCAAUAAUAUAGCUGAAUAUGAGGCUUGUGUCAUGAGAUUACAUGCUGUUUUAGAUAGGAAAAUUGAAACAUUAAGAGUGUUUGGGGAUUCAGCUCUAGUUAUUUAUCAACUAAAAGGUGAAUGGGAAAUAAGGGAUUCAAAGCUUAUUUCUUAUCACAAAUACAUCUUAGAGCUAUGUAAACAAUUCAAAGCAGUUCAUUUUGAACACUUGCCUCAUGAAGAAAAUCAGAUUGCAGAUGCCUUGGCUACCUUAGCUAUAAUGGUAAAGAUUGCUUAG